AUGCAUCUCUUCCAACCAGGACAUCAGCCCAGUUCAGUGCUUACCGUUGACCUUGAAGAGGUAAUUGUAUUAAAGUUGAUACCAAAUGCCCUGCAUGCUGUUAAGCAUGGUUUAACAAGAAUUGUGCAACUAUCCAAUGAUACUGAUGUAAUGGUACUGACACUGCACUACUGGGACACUUUGAAAGGCCAUGGACUACAAGAAUUUUUAAUGCAAGUUGGUGUGGGAAACAACCGUUAUGUUCCAUUACACAUAUUAGCCGAAAGACUAGGGCACAAAUUCUGCAGCACAAUGACAGCUCUUCAUCACCUUACUAGAUGUGAUUCCACAAGCGAAUUUGGUGGAAAAUCAUCUGCUCUGAAGUCCAAGGCUGCACACUAUCUUCAUAACUUUGGAAAGGAUCCUAACAACAUAAAUCUGGAGAUGGCUAAAGAGUUCCUUGUAAAUGUGUAUAAACCAGGUACAAAGUGUAAAACUCUUGUUGAAUUUAGAGGAAAAGGAGUAUUUGACCAAGUUGUAGUGACACCUUUCCAUCACAAUGGCCUGAAGAGCUACACAAACUAUAGAGUCAGCGUACAAACAAAGUCCGGUAAAGGAGAUUCAGAUCCAGUUGUGAUACCCAUUAGAACUCUCCCGAGAAUACCGGUUCCCCCUAAUGUAACAUAUGAGGAAAACCGUGAUGUAGCGACAUUCCGAUGGAGGACACCCGGUGACGCGCAGGGAGUCAUAUGGUACAACUAUUCAUAUGAGGUGAAACCUAUUGCAUGUGAUCGAGAGACAGACAGCCAAUCAAAUUCCACAACAGAUACUGAGGUUUCUUUCUCAAAGCCAUCGCAUUAUGCCAAUGUUACUUUCCUGUUGGCUAUUGGCAACGAAGCUGGAUUCAGUGAACCAGGAAAACUUACCUUCACAAGUAGUUCUAAAGUUCCAGAAGUUGAGGUCAAAGAAAUACAGUGUGAGAACAACACCCGACCUAGCUAUUGCCUGGUUACCUUGGAGGACAACUGUACGAAAGUCAAUGGAAAAGAUUUGGACAUCGAUAUCGAACUAGAGUACACCACUAAUUCUGCCAAAAACCCCAUGACUAGCAGCAAAAAGAACAGAAAACUACAGGCCUGUGAAUAA